ACUACUAAUACUACUACUACUUUUACUAACUACUACUUCUAACUACUACAAAUACUUCAACUAACUACUACUACUAACCACUACAACUACUUCAACGAUGAUGAUCUCUGUAGCAAAUAGUAGUAGUCAGUAAUAUAAUUAGACAGCUAGAAGGACCAGUAAUGAUGCUGGUUCUGUUUAGAAAUGUACUUUAACAAUGCAAUGUUAAUAUUGUUAACCUUGACAUAUUUUUUAACAAAAAUCACCAUUUCCCCCCAUUGCUACCAAUACUGACCUAAGGGAGUUGGUUUCUUCUGCAGCUGCUUGUGUAUUUACCUACUUGGUCAUCAGUCAAUGAUGCAUAAUUGAUUUAAUUAACUGAUGUAAAACGUGGCAAAUAUCAGCAGACAGAGUAGUCUGACUUUUUCUUGGUCCACAUAUUUGUUGUUGGAGCAUGCCACCAGCCCCAUUCUCAGAUCUGUUCUGUAGCGUGUUAUUACAUAGACAUGAUUACACCGUGAGCUUCACAAACAUCCAAGAACAUCUGCAUCCCAAAAGGUUUCUCCUAGUUAGACUCAGCCAGCCCACGAGGCUGGUGUUCUCCCCCGGUUUGAAUGAUUGUCUAAAAGGCUGUUUUCAUUCCUCUUCGUUAACAGGCCAAGCCUAUCUAUGCCGGAUGGCUGUGCUUGGCCCCUGAGGGAACUGACUUUGACAAUCCAAUGCAAAGAUCUCGGAAAUGGCAGCGGAGAUUCUUUGUGCUGUACGAACAUGGCUGCCUGCGCUUUGCCCUGGAUGAGUCGCCGAGCACAUUGCCUCAGGGCACAGUGAACAUGAACCUCUGCACAGACGUCAUCGACGCAGAGCCCAAAACGGGCCAGAAAAACUCGCUGUGCAUCAUCACCCCCGAACAGGAGUUCUUCAUCAGAGGAGAGAGUAAAGAGAUCAUCAACGGGUGGAGCGAACAGCUGAUUGUUUAUCCUCGAACGAACAAGCAGAACCAGAAGAAGAAACGCAAAGUGGAGCCAGCCACCUCCCAGGAGCCGGGUCCAGCCAAGGUAGCGGUGACUGGAUCUGGAAUUCCUGAAACGGAUACGAGUCCAGAUUCCAGUUGCAUCAUCUGGCAGGAAGAGCUAAGCCAGAGGGAGGCUGAGAACGUGUCUACCUGGGCUGCUUCUGAGCAGCCUUCAGGGUCACCGCUGCCCCCUGCAGGUGACCUUGUGUCUAUAGGCCAGAGUUCUGAAGGAGGCUCGGUGAACGGUGAUGAUGUGGACCGUGGAGGCCUUGUGCUGCACGGCUCCCUGCUCCAGCCCACUAAAGACCCUCUCUCCCCGACGGGCUCGUGCUCCAGCAUAGGAGGAGUCCCGCGCUGCCUCUCUCCUGUGCCCAGUGACCCCUUCCCUUCCAGCAGUUCUCUGCUGUCAAAUGGCUCCCACAUCAGUGGCUCCGUCAGCUCUCUGGACUCAGAUGCCAGCGGCUGCACCGUCACCAGCACUGAAAGCCACCCGACCAGCCACAGACCCAGCCACCAUGACGUUCCACGCUCCCGGCGGCUUGAGGCUGAGGCCAGAAAGGCCGAGAAGAGGAGUCGCUUCAGGAGCCCCAACCGGCAGGAGAGAGAGGCCGUCCUCAGUCCCGAGAGGAGUCGCUCCGGUGUGAUUGAGAAGUUGGAGGCCUUGGAGCUGGAGAAUCAGGAGAGGAUGGAGGUGGAAGAGUUGGGGGCUGGUGAAGUCAGACAGGGCCGCAGUGAGCACAGGCAUCUCUAUAGAGAGGAGCAAAGGCAGAACACUGGUGAGGGGCUUGACUUCCCCUCCACACUACCCCCCCUGAGGAGAGCCAAGUCUUUGGACCGAAGGACCACCGAGUCGGUCAUGACGCCUGAUUUGCUGAACUUCAAGAAAGGAUGGAUGGUGAAGCUGGACGAGCAAGGCCAGUGGAAGAAGUACUGGUUUGUGUUGACAGAUCACAGCCUGAGGUACUACAAGGAUUCGAUUGCAGAGGAGGCAUCUGAUUUGGAUGGUGAGAUCGACCUGACUACCUGUUACAAUGUGACAGAAUACCAGGCACAGCGCAACUACGGCUUUCAAAUUCAUACCCAGGAAGGAGUUCACACUCUGUCGGCCAUGACGGCUGGCAUACGCAGGAACUGGAUCCAGGCUGUCAUGAAGAACGUCAGACCUUCUAACGCCCCUGACGUGGCCAGCUCAACCGAGGAUUACGGCUCCUUUUCUCCUUUGGAGGGUCUCUGUAGACCAGAUGUCACACAGGACUCCCCGGCCUCUGAGGCUUCUUCUAUUGAGAGGGAAUCUGCUCCAGCUCUCAUAAAGAGCAGAGCUCGAGAACGGCGACGAGAAGGUCGCUCGAAGACAUUCGACUGGGCUGAGUUCAGGCCGAUAGCUCAGGCUCUGGCUCAGCAACGAGCUCAGGAGGCCGAGAGCCUGCAGACAGACGGUGGUGAGCUGGAGCGCGGCCGAAGGAGAGAAGAGAGGAGGAAGAGGUAUGAGUGUGUGGCAAGCUCGGAUCAGGCACACAUCACUGAAGGAGGCAGGACAGACCCUGAGAGUGGGGAUGGAGUCGUACAGACAGACUCGGCGGGUCUCGUUUCUAUGGAGAGGCAGCAGAAGGUGGAGGAGGCGAUAGAACAGCACUGGCGACAGGUGGAGAAGACGCCCAUCCGAGAGGAGAGGCGGGUUCCUCUGCCCGGCACGGGUUCGUCCAAUGAGACCACAGAGCUGGAGCUGCUUCUGGAGGGUUACAAACUAGGGAUAGAGGACCUGAAGGCUCAGCUGUCCAGCUGCCACCAGGAGCUGCUCGACUCCAACAAACACAAACAGGAGGUGGAGCUCCAGCUGAGGAUGGCUCUGGAGCGAGAGCAGGACGUCCGAACCGGCUACAUCUCUCCGCUGGAGCAUCCUUUGGGUCUGGAGGCAGAUGUCACGCCCCAGAUGAAGAGGACCGAACCAGUUAGUUCCCAAGCGCAGAGUUUAACAAAGAAGUACCAGGAGACCAAAGAGCUCCUUAAGCUGCAAGAGCAGAAAAAGCGCCAUAUGCAGGCACAGCUUGGCCUCUCACUUUCUCACCUUCCCAUAAAGGAACCCAACUCCUCUGAACCCCAAAAGACCUCCAAGCUGGAAGGCCCUAUCCCAGACCUUGUCCAAAAAAAGGUUAGCUUCUUGCUCCAAGAUGACACAAAGGCCAUCCAGGAACUAGAAGACCUUGUAAUAGAUGAGCCUCUCACUCUGAAUGAACUUGGCAAAGUGCUGAAACUCCAUGUCUUUAGUCAGAACACCACAGGAAAACAUGAACUUAAGGAGCUUCUGGAGACUUGGAAGUCCCAGCAGGAAAUGGAAAAUGAAACCAUGAGGAUGAGUUUAGCCAGAGCAGGAGAGAGCAUACGAGAAUAUGAAGCCCGUCUGCUGACCAUGGAGGACAAAGUUCAGAAACAGAGUUUGGGGAGUCUGAAGAGCUCCCAUGGUGCUUUGUCUAAAGGGGAAACACACUCAUCUGGUCACAUGACUGUUGGGUUGCUCUCUCAGAGGGUUGAGCUGUUAACGAGUGAGAACUGCGCCCUGAAGCAACGAUGUCAAGAGAUUGUGAACCAGCUCACAGAGGCCGACAGGGAAAUAGACCGACUGAAAGUGGAACUAAUCAGCCAGCAGGGCGGCAAGCAGCAACAUCUGGUUGAGGAGGAGCUGAAGAGACUGAAGGCAGAGUUGGCUGAAAACCAGGCAAACGCCAUUGACCGGGAGUACUACGAGAGAGAGCUGAAUGAGAAGUCUCUGAGACUCCAUGAAGCUUUGGUUACUUUGGAGGAACUCGGCAACACCCUUAAAGACUCUGAGAAGAAGCUUCAGCUGAAGGAGGCCACGCUAAGGGGUCUGGGCUUCCAGACACAUCACGAGGACAAGGACUUGGAGCCAGAGAAGGAACACAUCAGGGAGCUCCUGGAAGCCUCGAAAGCUGAAGUUUUUGAGACAAACGCAAGACUUGAGUCUAUGCAGGAACGCUGUGAGGAACUAGAAGCUAGAAACCGUGAGCUAGACACUCUGAAUCAGGAAACUGUAAAUGUUAAUGAGGAGAAGCUAGUCAAAGCUCAAAACGAAGUGAGGAUACUAAGACAGAGGUUAGAAGUGAAGAUGGGUAGGGACGAUCAGAACGUUGGUGAAAGUAGAGAGGUGCAGGAAGAUGAUCAAAAGCUUUUUAGAAAAGUGAUAGAUGAGUUUGAGAUGAGGUCUAAGGCAAUAGAAAAGGUCGUGGAGAUGUUAUUAAAACUAGAUGUCAACGUAGAUGGGACACUUGGUCAUUUACGAAGCACUUUACUUGGUUCUUCUAAAGAGGAACCAGUUUGCGUGAGAGGAAAGAAGAUGAGCUCAGUGUUGGAGUGGGAGUUCUGGAGCCGGCUGUUGGGCCUGGCUGAAGUACAACCAGAUGAAAGCAGACCUAUUAGUGAAGCAGGCCUGGUAGAGGUCCUGAAGGCACAGAGGAGCCGGCUGCUGUUGCAGGAGGCAGCUUGUUCACGGGACGAAGCUGAGACUGAGACAGAUUUUGCAGCAGUGGAGGGCUGUCUUGAUGACAAAACCAACGUUAUGGUAUUUAAACAGUUAACAGAAACUUUGAAGGCAAAGUAUCAUCAUUUGAAGCAGAUCACUUCUACUCUGAAAAUGAACAAAGACGACAAACUCAUGUCUUUAGCUCAAGGAAGCCUUGGUCCUGGGCAAGAACAGAAGCAGCCUUUAGAAUAUCUCCUGGAUUCCCUCAAGGAAGCAUGCAUGUUGUAUGUGAUCAUUAGGUUGAAGGUUCAGCUCAUCACUAAACAAAAUCACACCCAAGAUCAGGAGCUAAGUCAAAACUGUCUCAGCUGCUUUAAGUUGGAAGAGUCUGCUAGAGAGCUCCGGUCAAAACUAGAAGAUCUGCAGGAUCAACUUUCUGAGGCCUCUGCAAACGCUGCUGCAGGACCACAGUCGUUGAUCCAGAUCGGAGGAGAACCCCUAGAGUCUGUGAGUAAAACCAUUGGGCUUCAUGAUAUGGUAGCUAGGCACAGGAAGGAGCUGCAGGGUGUCGAAGACAGCUAUAAGCAGGAAGUAGACAAGUUGAGGCAGGAAAUAGCAAACGCCAAUGAGAGCCUUCGUGUUUGUUCACAAGAGAACAUGAAAGAGAUAGACUCACUAACUAACUGCAUGGAGAAACAGAAAAAGAAGCAUGAGAGGGAAAAGACUGACCUAGUGGAGAGGUUUGAUCAGGAAAUGGAGGAGUUGAGGAGCAUGAUGAGUCUGGUGAAUCCAGAGAGGAAUGGAGUCGAUAAACCAUCGGACCAUGUCUCAGUCCAUCAGUCCACCCUGAGGGAACGCAUCCAGGAGCUGGUCGGCCAAGUGUCGGACAUGACAGAAGAGAUGAGGCGACGCGAGGAACAGGGCGACACAAACACUCUGCGGCUGAAAUACGAGAGGGAUCUGGAGCACCUUAAGGCCACCUGUGAAAGGGGCUUUGCUGCCAUGGAGGAGUCCCAUCAGAAAGUGAUUGAAGAGCUGCAGAGGAAACACCAGAGAGAGCUGGAGAACCUGCAGGAGGAGAAAGAAAGGCUUCUGGCUGAGGAAACAGCCGCAACAAUCGCAGCUAUUGAAGCGAUGAAGAACGCCCACCGGACAGAGCUGGAGAAGGAGCUGGACAAAGCUCGCAAGGCUAGUAGCAAUGCAGAAAACGCAGAUAUCGAAGAGAUCCGCAGACAGCAUGAGGAGGAGCUGUGUUCCUUCCAGAGGGAAAUUGAGGUGUUGUCAGAACAGUAUUCCCAAAAGUGCCUGGAAAACGCCCACCUGGCCCAGGCGCUGGAGGCUGAGAGGCAGGCCCUCAGGCAGUGUCAGAGAGAGAACCAGGAGCUCAACGCACACAACCAGGAGUUAAACAACCGUCUGGCAGCAGAAAUCAGAAACAUGCGCUCCAUGACUUCUGAGGAAGGAGCGGGAGAUUCUAACACCACCAUACAUGGAAAAGAGCUGUAUGAGUUGGAGGUGAUGUUGAGGGUGAAGGAGUCCGAGGUCCAGUACCUGAAGCAGGAGAUCAACUCUCUGAAGGAGGAGCUGCAGGCUUCCCAAAGAGACAAGAAGUAUGCAACAGAUAAGUACAAGGACAUCUACACAGAGCUGAGCAUCGUCAAGGCCAAAGCAGAACGAGAUGUUGGCCGGCUCAGAGAGCAGCUGCAGCUGGCUCACGAAGCGCUCGGAGAGCCGUCACCGGAAGACGUGGAACGAGGAGGAUACGACAUCAUGAAAUCCAAAAGUAACCCUGACAUCCUCAAGAUGGCUGCUGCCGCAGCCAAACGCUCAGAGCGCACCAUGAGGUCAAAGUCUGUGAAUCGAGACAUGCCCUGGGACACUUAGGCAGCUGAAGACUUGUAGGCUUCCUCCCCCUUCUCUUUUAGAGUCUGAAGGAAGGGCUGACGGCGGAGCAGAAACUCCACCUGUUUGAUAACAAAGACUCUAAGGAGUUCUGACUGCGACACUCGGUGCUGGGCUGCAUGAUCAGAAGCCACUAUGUUAAUAUAUCUAUGUAUUCAGUUACACCACACACUGGUCACACAACACAGAUCUUAUCUAAUGAACACCACACGGCAUGAAGUCUGAGUUACAUGUAGAGUCUGCAUUCCAUGCACUUCAGUUUACUGUGACAUUUUUGUAUUUUUCCUGCUUUGUCUUCUUGUAAAUAAUGUUUUUAAAAUGCCAUGUGUACACUAAAACUCUGACUGUGUAAGCUACUGUUUUAACUCUAGUCUGUUGCUAGCCAGAGACGUAGCGGUGAUGUCCGAUGGCACAACCACAUGAUGAGAAGCCUUAGGAACUAGUCUAAUCUGCACGUUAGCGCUCUGCCUCUCCAUCAUCAGAGCACAGAUGGGGGUGUAGGAAUUUUACCGUUCAUCUUCAAUCUAAAUCAACAAUCUCUCUGGAAACACUCAACCCCACAUGUUGGUUGGCUGGCUAUAUUUUGAAUAUUUGCAUACAUUUUGACACACACACACACUACAGUUUUCAGUCCAGCUGUACAGGACUUAGUCUUUGUAGUCUUUCUUGUUCAGUGGCAGUUUCUUAAUAUUUAUUUAAAUGAUUGGGAUUAUUAUUUCAGCAUCCCCGUUCCUCUGUACCCUGACUGUAUAUAUAAAGCAAAUACACACCAACUGACUACAGGUUUAUUAGCAAUAAAUAUUUUUGCACCCUUUGCAUUA